CGUACGGAGCACAACCAAAAGAAAGAUGGCGGCCGCCUUGGCGAGGAGACUGUCAGGGUUGUUGAGGCCCCUGUCAACAUCUGCACCAGCAUCUGUCUGGGCCAGGACCCAUCACAUCUGGAAUGUUUCUAGCUGCAUCCAGCCCCAGCCUCUCCACGGCGGCCAUGCAGCCCUGGUCCGGGCUCCUUUUGGAGGUCCAGUGGCCCCAAGAUACAACAUCCUGCAGCGUGUGUCGGCACUUGCUCCCAGCCUGAAUCAGCAGCCAAGCAGAAGCCUGACGUACUACAGCGUGAAAAAGGGCAAGAGGAAGAGUGUAAAAGCCGUGACUUUUAGGUUCAUGCGGCUGCAUUGUGGCCUUUGGAUCAGACGCAAGGCUGGAUACAAGAAGAAACUGUGGAAGAAGUUGCCCGCCAGACGUAAGCGUCUGAGGGAAAUUGUAUUCUGUAACAAAACGCAGAGCAAACUCUUAGAUAAAAUGACGACCUCUUUUUGGAAAAGAAGAAACUGGUACGUUGAUGAUCCAUAUCUGAAGUACCACGAUCGGGUCAACCUCAAACCUUAGAUCACUGAUUCAUGUAAUGUCUUCUGCUCGAUAAUAAAGUUGUAUAUGUAUGGAAUAAAAGUGUUUCGAUUAACA